AUGGGCUCGUUUGGCACAGUAGUGAGCGGUGUUAAUCACACAGAAGCAGCUGAUGCGAUCCAACCAGAUGAUCCAUUUUCCGGACCUGUGAAAUCCAUUGCGCCGUGGAACUUUAAAGUGUUGGCAUCGUGGAUGGUCGUGAUCACGUCGCUGUCUCUGUGUGAGAACUUUCUGGUCAUGCUGGUUACCUACAGGUUUAAACAACUCAGAAAGCCGUUAAACUUUGUCAUUGUUAAUUUGUCGGUGGCAGACUUUUUCAUGUCACUGAUCGGUGGGACUUUAAGCGUUGUCACAAAUUAUCGCGGCUAUUUCUUCUUGGGGUCCUGGGCGUGCGUGCUGGAGGGAUUUGCGGUCACUUUUUUCGGUAUAGUGGGUAUGUGGUCCCUGGCUACCCUUGCAUUCGAAAGAUACUUUGUGAUCUGUCGUCCUCUGGGAAACGUCCGUCUCCGUGUUAAACAUGCAGCACUGGGACUGCUGUUUGUCUGGACAUUCUCUUUUAUCUGGACCAUCCCGCCUGUACUGGGCUGGAGCAGCUACACAGUCAGCAAGAUUGGCACCACCUGCGAACCUAACUGGUACUCUGGUGACCCGCAUGACCACACUUUCAUCAUCACAUUCUUUCUCACCUGCUUCAUCCUGCCUCUGGGUGUCAUCAUCGUGUGUUACAGCAAGUUGCUGCGAAAGCUAAGAAAGGUGUCCAAUUCACAUGGCAGAUUGGUGAAUGCCCGGAAGCCUGACCGGCAGGUGACUCAUAUGGUUGUGGUGAUGAUUGUAGCAUUCAUGGUGGCGUGGACGCCAUAUGCACUGUUCUCUAUCAUCGUUACUAUUCACCCCACCAUCUACUUAGACCCUAUACUGGCUGCUGUUCCUGCUUUUUUUGCAAAAACCGCUGCAGUCUACAACCCCAUCAUCUACGUCUUUAUGAACAAACAGUUCAGGAAGUGCCUGAUCCAGCUGCUCACCUGCAGCGACAACACCACAGUGCAGUUGAACCAGUCCACAGAACGAGCAGGCAUGACCGGUGAGAGCAACACGGGCGAGAUGUCAGCUAUAGCUGCCCAAAUCCCUGCUGCUAGCACUCCACCGAAUCCUAACGAGCAGCACAGCAACUCCUGCUCCCACAGCCAGCUGCCCAUCCCAGAAAACAAAGUGUGCCCUAUGUAACAGAGCAAGACAUGAACUCAAAAUCACAAUUACAUGUCACGAGGGAUUAUUGAACAUCUUUUCCCACCACAAUAACAGGAUUCAGUGUGUGUUACCUCUGAAGCUCAAAAGGCCCAUGAGAUCAACAGCUUUAACAAUGCCAGUACCCCUUGAAUAGCAAUAGCUCAAUUUUAGCAAUAGGUGUUGUAGCUGUUUAUUCCUCCUUUAAGUGUUACCAGUAAUAUGAAAUAUUCUUGUUUUGUCUUUUUGUACAAAAUUCAUGUCAUGUUCUAUUCGAUAACUUAUUCACGUGGCCAGUACUACAGACACAGGAUAAACAAAGCUACAUAACAUUACAUAUUACCUACCUCCAACUACUCAUCAUGAUCUGCAGUAUAAAUUGUGCAUGAUUCCAUUUUAUAACAUUGUUUUAACAAAUUGUAUUGUAAUUUAUAAGUUUAAACCAUUAAAUAAAUUACACAUA